AUGGGCGUGAUAGAAGUGGAAAGUGAGCAGCAGUUUACGGACUUGACCCAGUCGAGCGGGUCGAAACUAAUCGCGUUGUACUUUCACACGCCAUGGGCGGGCCCAUGCAAGACGAUGAAUCAAGUGUUCAAGACCUUGGCCGAGUCGAAAGCCACCACGGACCCCUCGACGCUUUUCCUUUCGAUCAACGCCGACGAGCUUUCCGAAGUGAGCGAGCUCUUCGACGUUAGCGCUGUGCCAUACUUUAUCUUGAUCCGCAACCAGACCAUCUUGAAGGAGUUGUCAGGGGCGGAUCCCAAGGAGUUCAUUGCUGCGUUGAACCAGUUUUCGGAGUCGCCAGAUGGAGGUGCGGCUCAAUCGGCCCAGCUUCCCGCCGCGGCGGCUGCUGCUGCGCUGGGAACACAGGCCGGCUCUGAGCCGGAGCCCGAGGAGUCAGAGGAGGUUCUCAAUGAAAGAUUGACCAAGCUCACCACCGCGGCUCCCAUCAUGUUGUUUAUGAAAGGCUCGCCCUCGAGUCCCCAGUGCGGGUUCUCGCGGCAAUUGGUUGCCAUUUUAAGGGAACACCAGGUGAGAUUUGGGUUUUUCGACAUUCUCAAGGACGACUCCGUGAGGCAGGGCUUGAAAAAGUUCAGCGACUGGCCCACUUUUCCUCAGUUGUACAUCAACGGAGAGUUUCAAGGCGGGUUGGAUAUCAUAAAGGAGAGCAUAGAAGACGACGAGCAUUUCUUUGAGAAUGCGGUGAACGCAGCCUCCUGA